AUGGCUCCUGCAUCGGAAACGCCCUUGGCGCCAGACCAGGAAGAGAAGGCCGCCACGGCUUACUUGGAAACGCCACCAACACCAACGCCUGCUGCCGAUCUCGGGCCUAAACAGUGGCUGCAGAUUCUCAGCACCUUCGUCGUGUUCUUCAAUACCUGGGGUAUCCUUCUUACCUUCGGUGUCUUCCAAACAUACUACGAACAAGUCCUGAUCCGCAACAAGUCCAGCUCGGACAUCGCAUGGAUUUCGACAGCCGGAGCCUUCGUCGUUCUGUCUGCGGGAAUCGUGACUGGGCCUCUCUACGACCACGCCUAUUACCGAGUACUGCUCCUGUCCGGUAGCCUCCUACAGGUGUUUGGUAUGAUGAUGAUUAGUAUAUCGAAAGAAUAUUACCAGCUCUUCAUUACUCAGGCCAUUUGCGUGGGACUAGGCGCAGGGAUUGCGUUCACGCCAAGCGUUGCGGCGGCAGCAGCCUGCCUUACGAACCCCGCCACUCGUGCCAAAGCCAUGGGCUUGAUGGCGUGCGGCAGCAGUAUCGGCGGCGUCGUAUACCCCCUUAUGUUUCGCAGCAUCGUGCGCUCCGUCGGCUUUGGAUGGGCAGUCCGCAGCAUCGCCUUCGUCAUGCUUAGCCUAUACGUCGUUUCAUAUCUCCCCUUGCUCAACCACCAAGAGCCACCGCCAGUGAUCCGCCGAUUCUUCGACACAUCUGCGCUGAGAGAUGCGCCAUUCAUGGUGUUAUGCAUUGGCUCGAUUUUCAGCGCGACGGCUUACUAUAUCCCUUUUCUCUAUUUGCCGCUGUUAACAAAGGUGCGGAUUCCAUCAGUUGGCUCGGAUCUGGCGUUUGAUCUUCUUGCCAUCCUAAAUGGAAGUUCCGCGGUAGGCCGACUCCUGGCUGGUGUCGCCGCCGCGAUCUUUGGUCCAACGGAAACCACCUCCGUCUCACUGGUCUUCGGUUCUAUAUUACUAUUCUGCUGGAGCGUGGUUGAUUCCGUCGCAGGAACAAUUGUAUGGGCUGUGUUCUGGGGUAUGGUUUCGGGCGUUCUAGUUGCAUUGCCCGGGGCCUUUAUCCCACUAUUCUGCCCGUCUUUAGCGGUGAUUGGAACCCGCUCAGGUAUGUACUGGGUGUUUAUAUAGGGCUGGGCCUUCUCAUCGGCAGCCCGAUUGGAGGCGCCAUUUAUGAUGUCAAAACCGCGGGGUCGGACUGGUGGCGACUGCAAGUAUUUGCGGGGAUAUUCAUGAUGGGCGCUGCAGUCUGCACCAUCUACCCCAUCCUGCACUUGCGCCGCAAGGCACGAAAUGCUGCCGCUCAGUAGAGCAGGAUAGCAUACAGAAUUU